AUGGAGCGGCGCAAUGGCGGCACUAGUCUGGCGCCCCCACGGCCCCCGAAGUCGUUGCCCCGCGUGCACCGCCCCCGGGCCCCGGAGCCAACCGCAAUCGGCAGCACACUCCCCCCGCCCCCGGCGACGAUCCCUCCGACGGCCACCACAGCCAGCAACAGCGGCCGGGCGGCGGUUAUGAUGAUGAUGAACAUGACGUCGACGGCGAGUCCUGCGGCGAGCGACAGCAGCACCAACGUCGGUCCGGGUUUAAGUAAUAAUUUAAGCAACGGCAACGGCAACAGCAGCAACCUAGCGCGUAACAUUAUCAGUAGCAACAGCAACAAUAAUAUUAAUAGUAAUAGUAGUAGUAGUAGUAGUAGCAGCAGCAGCAGCAGCAGUAGUAAUAGUAGUAGUAGUAGUAGCAUCAAUAAUAAUAGUGCUAAUCAUAAUAAUUUUAUUAAUAAUAAUCCUCAUAAUCAUACGACGACGACGACGAGCGGUAGUGCGAGUAGGAGUAAUAGUAGUAGUCACCACCACCACCAACAACAACCCUCCCCCCAUCACCAUCAUCCCCACCAGCACCACCAGCCGCCUCCUCCGCAUCAUCACCGGCCGGUGACACCCCCGCCGGCGCCCCACCUCCACUCACACAACCACCCACACCAGCAGAGCAACCGCAGCAUCGGUAGCAACUCGUCCACGCUGUCGUCCGUGUCGUCGAGCUCGUCGACGGCGGCGCUGCUGAGGCCGCAGAUCGCGCCGCUGGUGCCGCUGCACGGCUCACACCGCUCCCGAUCACCUCCCCCGCCACCACUCCCGCCGCACCACGCCGCGUCGAGGCCGACGUCUCCGGCGCCACCCGCCGGCAGCACGUUUACGCGCCGAGCCGCCCGGCUCUCUCCGGUCGCGACGCACACCACCAUCCACCCGAUGCCGGCGGCGGUGCCCCCGCCGCUCCUGCUGCUACCGGUGGACUCCCAGCCGGCCAUCGUCGCGCCGAGCUCCAACCCGACGACGCCCGUCACGCUGGCUGCCCCGCGGCCCGAGAACGAGCGGCUCGCGAACGAGUACGUCGACACGCCGUUCGGGCGGACGGUGGCCGCGGUGGCCGCCGGCACCGGCGGUGCUAACAUUCCAUCUCCCGUGCUGCUCCAGCACCAGCAACAGCAGCAGCAGCAGCAGCACCAACACCACUUUCCCAGUGCCUCGCCGUUGCUGUCCGCCCGGGUUGUUGUGGCGACGGGCCAGCCGAGGCCAACGGCGCGCGGCGGUGAACUGGUGGACACCGGGGUACCCACUCCCGCGGAGACGAAGGGCACCACCACCCAAUCGGCGGUGCUGCCGACGACGAGGACGACGGCGAACCCCGACGCGAUCAUUCCCGUGUCCCGGCCACCCACCGCGGCCACCGCCGUCGCCGCCGCCGCCGCCGCCGUCGUCAUUACCAAGCAGCCGGUCGCGUCCGGCAAGAAGAGCGCCAAGGACGGCUCGGACCGGCACGAGCUGCUCGAGCUGGAGCUGCAGCAGCACCACCACCACUACCUGCACGGCGGCCGGCACGCACAACUGGUGGCCACGGUCGGUGGCGGCGGGGGUGGAGCGGGCGGAUCGCCCACCGGCACCGACGGGCUGGCCGGGCUCGGCUCGAUCACGUGCCCCCGGUGCCGGAAGUGCCGGUGCGAGGAGUGCCUCCGGCCGCGCCCCCUGCCCACCCGCUGGAUCUGCGACAAGAGCUGCCUGUGCAGCGCGGAAACCGUCACCGACUACGCGUCCUGCCUGUGCUGCGUGAAGGCCCUGUACUACCACUGCUCCAAGGACCACGAGCUGGAGCGCGAGGUGGACGGGCCGGACGGGGCGCUCGAGACGGAGACGAUCUCGUGCGCGGACGAUCCGUGCUCGUGCGUGCCGCACCGGCGCACCACCCGCUGGGCCUGCCUCGGCGCGCUCUCGCUCGUCCUGCCCUGCCUCUGGUGCUACUGGCCGAUGAAGGGCUGCGUGGCGCUGUGCGCCACCUGCUACGCCAAACAUUCCCGCCACGGAUGCCGCUGCGCCCAGUCGCCCCAGUCCUCGUCGGCGGCGGCCUCGCCGUUGGCCGGCGGCGGCGGUGGCAUCACGAACGCGUCGAUGUUGCUCGGGGCGGGCACGGGCGGGGGCGCCGGAACCGGAGCCCUGAUGCGCCCCUCCGUCGACGCCAUCGAUGGCGAGCAUGGCCGCACCGGCAAGGGCGAUCCGGCGCUCGAUUCCGAGCUGCACCUGCACCACCAUCUGCAUCACCAUCUGCACCACCACCAUCAUCACCAUCAUCACGCCGGCGGCGGUGGACGGGGAGCGGUGACGGCGGCCACGCCCGAGAAGCGCCUGCUCGACACGAGCCCCGACACCUACUGA